GAGAUGGUAGAAGGGUGGAGAGAUGGGUUAGACGUUCUCCUCGUCUUUGCCGGUCUUUUCUCAGCGGUUGUCACAACAUUUGUUGCUCAGACAUCACAGAGCCUCCAGGUUGACUACGGCGCGGUCACUGCCUCACUUUUAAUCGAGCUCAUCAAUGUCCAAUGCUCCGCAUCGAAUGGUUCCCUCGUAAACGACGUCCCUCGCUCAGACCUCACCUUUGAAAUUUCAUCCCUCAGCGUCCGACUCAUGGGUCAAUGGCUUGUGGUUCACCAGUCUCUCAUUGAGUCUCACGACUGCACUGUUCGCUGUCUUGACAAAACAGUGGAUCCACCAGUACAUGCUCUUCGUUACGUCCCCCCACCUCCCGCAGACACUUCUCGAGGCGAACGCACUACGCAGCUGGAUCUGAACACCCAGGAAGGGAGAGAUAAGCUGGGAGAGCUGUGUGAGGAGGCGGAUGUGUUUCUACAGGCGUAUCGGCCGGGAGGGUUGGAGGUGAGGGGGUUUGGAGUCGGGGUGGG